UCUUACGCCAGAGGGUUGUACACGCGCAAGGUCGUGUCCCUUACGGGCCGCUUGAAAACUUGUGUUUUCGGCCAAGAUGAUGUCUAUAACUUCUCGCUCCGGGGCUUUUUCCCCGUAUCUCCAGGCAGCGAAACACUCGGUGAAGAGCCUGGUGCUCCCCGGAACCAAAGAGCCGCUGGCCGCAGCCGCUCCAGGAGUGACCCGCCUCGCUCACACAGACAUCAAGGUACCUGACUUCACAGACUACCGUCGGCCAGAGGUUGUGGACCCCAGCAAGUCCUCCCAAGAGAGUGCCGAUGAAAGAAGGGCGUUCUCCUACCUGCUGACGGGAGCCACUACUGUGAUUGGUGUCUAUGCAGCCAAGACGGUGGUCACACAGUUUGUCUCUUCUAUGAGUGCUUCAGCCGACGUCCUGGCCUUGUCCAAGAUCGAGAUUAAGCUGAGCGAUAUCCCCGAAGGCAAAAACAUGACCUUCAAGUGGAGAGGAAAACCCCUGUUUGUCCGUCAUCGCACAGAGAAGGAGAUCGCUGCAGAGCAGGCUGUGAAUAUGGCUGAGCUUCGUGAUCCCCAGCACGACAACGAUCGAGUGGUCAACCCCAAGUGGAUGAUUGUCCUGGGAGUGUGCACCCAUCUGGGCUGUGUGCCCAUUGCCAACGCCGGCGACUUCGGCGGCUACUACUGUCCCUGCCAUGGCUCCCACUACGACGCUUCAGGAAGGAUCAGAAAGGGACCUGCUCCGCUCAACCUGGAAGUUCCUUACUAUGAAUUCCCCGAUGACGACACGGUCGUGGUGGGAUAAAUACUGCCGCUUUUCAGUUCCACUGUUCCAAGAUGUUUUUAAGAUGGCUUGGUGAAAUGAAAGUUUGCGUAUGAAAGAGUAAAGUAUUUUGAAAGUGUUAUGUUUCAUCGUUUGGGUCUCUAGAGAUGCUUUCCUUCCAUUAUUCAUCAUUUAUUUUGAUGCCAUAGAUUCACUGUAACGUUCCACCAGAUGAAUAAAGCACUUUAUUGCAAUAACAAUCU